UAACUGCUUGUUGUGGCAGAAGAUGGCCUGCAGGUGUAAUCCCUCUCUAAUCUGUUGGUUUACAGUCAAUCGAACAAAAAGACAUAAACAGGCUUGGAUGAAGGAGAACAACAGAUGCACACGGUUUAAAAGAUUCCCACAGGGAAGAAAACCAGGUGCCAUUUUUAAGCGUUUGAGACAGAACAACAGAUUCAGGUUGGGAUUAAACUGUUGGAUUAUCGGCAGCAGAUUAUCAGCAAUGAUUUUCCACAACCAUUCAACUGGAUGAAGAGCAAUUAUUACAACUUGUUUAUGCAUCGGUUUAGCUGUUUAUCAGAAGUGCAGAGUCAACCGUUUGUGUUGAAAUUCUCUCAGCCACAGGUGAUCACUAUGCUGACUGGCUUUAUAAAUGGAAUCCUUUGCUGUUUAUCGGGGAAGUCCGCAAACAUUGUGGUCCCUAUAAUAACGUCUGAUCCUGCAGACCAUUUCGAGUUUGUGGAGGUAAAACCUGGCAGAGUGAUGCGUAUUUGUCAUAUUAUGCCUCAGCGAGCUGUGAUCGAGGAACCUGACACAGGGGAGGUGGGCACUGUGAGCUGUCGGAGGAAAAUCACUGUGUAUCACAGCGGACAGUUAUUCAUUGAGAACAUAAGUGAAGCGAAUCCCCCUGAGCUCGUGCACUGCCAUAAUGAAGAGAGUGCGCUGGAGAUGGAUGUUGUGGACUGUAACAAAAAAGCCUCAGGACACCUUGUAGAGUCUGGCAAUAAUACAAUAGCACAUGAGCAGCCACGGCGCAGAUGGUCCAAUGGUAAGCCGAAGCGUACCGUGAUGAUCGACUGUGAGCGCAAGAUCACCCGGUGCAAAGAGACCCACCCUGAUGUGGCCUUGUUCUUCAUUCAUGGAGUAGGAGGCUCUAUGGAUAUUUGGGAGAGCCAGCUGGACUAUUUCUCUCAGCUCGGUUAUGAGGUGAUCGCACCAGAUCUAGCUGGACAUGGAGCCAGUUCCGUACCUCAAAUCACAGCCGCCUACACAUUUUACGCUCUUGCUGAUGAUGUAAGAAUCAUAUUCAUGAGAUAUGCAAAACGGAGGAAUAUUCUCAUCGGGCAUUCAUACGGUGUGUCUUUCUGCACUUUUCUGGCUCAUGAGUAUCCAGACCAAGUUCACAAAGUGGUGAUGAUUAAUGGUGGUGGCCCUACAGCCCUGGAACCCAGCCUCUGUUCAGUCUUCAAUCUGCCAACGUGUGUCCUCCACUGGUUGUCACCCUGCUUGUCGUGGAGCUUCCUCAUGGCUGGUUUUGCUCGUCAUGGCCCAAAGGAAAAGAAAAUUAUGAAAGAGAAAAAUGCCUUCAAUGUAUCACCGUUUGUGCUGCGGGCGAUGAUGAAUGGGCAGUACUGGCCAGAGGGUGAUGAGGUGUAUCAUGCUGAAAUCACUGUCCCAAUCCUCCUGGUACAUGGCAUGUAUGACAGGUUUGUGCCAAUACAAGAAGACCAGCGCAUGGCAGAGAUAUUACUGCUUGGCUUCCUGAAAGUCCUAGAAGAUGGAAGCCACAUGGUGAUGAUGGAGUGUCCUGAUGCAGUCAAUACAUUGUUGCAUGAAUUUUUCCUUUGGCAACCAGCCACUGCCUCCAAACCCAAACAGGAAACAGCACAUCAAGCAAACACUAGCAAAACCAGCACCUUCAAAGAUACAGCGAAGCUGGCAACUGUUCCCAUGACUACAACACUACAAGAAGACUCAAUAAGGCGAAAGACUACACAUUGUGCAUAAAGACUUUUUAGAUCAUAAAGACUUUUUAGAUCAGGGUUGUCCAUAGAGGGUGCUGAGUUUCUGUUUAAUCAGUUGGUUUUAAUGUUUAAUAUCUGGAGUCCCUAGUGUUUGGUUGGAAUGAAACAUUGACCCACAGCAGCCCAUUUGGUAUAAGAUUGCUCGACACCCCGAUUUAGACAGAUUUACUAGAUUAGUCAGUGCAGGAGAGAAAAAAUAAAAGAAUUAUAUAUAAAUAUUUCUACUUAAAUACAAAAAAAAAGGACUUUUAAGAAUCCCAAAUGCUUAUAAUAAAAAUAAAAAUAAACCUCUACAGUGCCUCCCUCUGGUGCUGUGCUGCCCAUGCAGAUACUAAAGUUAAAGUCCAAACCCAUAAUUAAAUGUGUGCAGGCUGCCCCGCUGAGGACAGACCCUCACUCUUCAGGGUGUAUACUUCAAAACAGGAAGUAGCUCACCAUGAUCCUGACCCCCCCUUUUCAAAAUUAAUAAUGACUGAAUUUAUCCAAAACAUUGUUUACCAAAACAUAGCAUAGUAAUGCAUUGUGCAAAUGUGUCCUUCUCCAAUAGAUGUUUAAUAUACAGCUGGAAUUUAUUUUCUAGUUAUAACUGAAUAAACACUCUAGGAACCAAAAAA